UUUAUCUUUCAGUUCAUUAAAAAAAAAAAAAAAAAUCACCUUUAAAUAGCCAUUAUCAAACAAACAACCAAACAGACUGUAGAAUCUGCAAUUUUUUUCUCCAAAACUUCAUUCCAAUCCAGCUCAAAAACUAGCUCCAGCAAGCAAAACAGAAGAAUUUUUGUAUUGUUCAUUUUUUAAAAUAUUUUUCUCUCUUAGUCUAAUUCGCUUUCAAGCUCUAGCUUGAAGUUUCAUCAUCAGUCUUGCAUAUCACCACGUCUGGUUGUUGAACAUCCUUUGAAGAUAAGACUCCUACCCUACAAAAAGAUCCAUAGCUGCAAACAAGUUUCACACUCUCUGAAAUUGUUGGUUUUUUUGUUAUACAUAAAUUAAUUUGUUGAGAUUUUCGUGUUUCGGUAGUUUGAUGCAAAUUUAAGCGAAGAGGUUUCUGACCAAGAAGAUAUAGAGUAAUGCCGGAGAUUGUAGAUCAAUAUAACAAUGUCUCGCCGGAGGCGAACCUGCUCGGGAAAUACGAGCUGGGGAAGCUGCUAGGUUGCGGAGCCUUUGCGAAGGUGUACCACGCGAGGAACGUGAAGACUGGGCAGAGCGUGGCGAUCAAGGCAGUUAGCAAGCAAAAAGUACUGAAAGGAGGCCUGACGGCGCACGUUAAGCGGGAGAUCGCUAUCAUGCGCAGGCUGCGCCACCCUCACAUCGUUCGUCUCUUUGAGGUUUUGGCGACGAAGACGAAGAUCUACUUCGUGAUGGAGUUCGCCAAAGGAGGAGAGCUUUUCGCCAAGGUCGCCAAAGGACGGUUCAGCGAAGAUCUCAGCCGUAAAUACUUCCAGCAGCUGAUCUCCGCCGUCGGAUACUGUCACUCUCGCGGCGUCUUUCACCGAGAUCUGAAGCCCGAGAAUCUCCUCCUCGAUGAGAAUUGGGAGCUCCGAGUCACCGAUUUCGGACUCAGCGCUGUGAAGGAUCAGAUCCGACCCGACGGCCUUCUUCACACGCUGUGUGGCACACCUGCCUACGUGGCACCCGAGAUUCUCGCGAAGAAAGGAUACGAUGGUGCGAAGGUGGAUAUAUGGUCAUGCGGCGUCAUACUCUAUAUCUUGAUCGCCGGUUAUCUACCGUUCAAUGAUCCCAAUCUGAUGGUGAUGUAUCGGAAGAUCUACAAAGGCGAGUUUCGGUGCCCUAAAUGGACGUCUCCGGAUCUCAGACGCUUCUUGUAUCGCCUCCUCGAUACAAAUCCUGAGUCUCGCAUCACCGUCGACGAGAUCAUCAAUGAUCCGUGGUUUAAAAAAGAUUACAAAGAGAUUAAAUUCAUUUCCGAUGAUUUUGAUCACAAAGACGCGGACAAUAACAACAAACAGUGCUUAAAUGCUUUUGAUAUCAUCUCGUUAUCGUCCGAUUUCGAUCUGUCCGGUUUGUUCAAUCAGGAUGGAUCGGCCGGAGGUGAGAGAUUCGUGUCGGCGGAGACGCCGGAGAGAAUAAUGGGGAAGAUGGAGGAGGUGGCGAAGGCGGAGGGGUUGAGGGCGGUGAGGAAGAAGGAUUGGGUGGCGAAGGUGGAAGGGCAUAAUGGGGAUUUCGUUGUCCUGAUGGAGAUUCGGCGGUUGACGGUUAAUCUGGUGGUAGUUGAGAUUAAGAAGAGAGAGAAUGAGGUUGGCACAAGUUGUGAAAUUUGGGAAGAUAAACUCAGACCCCAACUGAUAACUCUUAUGUACAAACCGGAACAGCAAGUUACCGGUAAUUGAAAAUUGUUUUUUCUUCCUCAAGGGAAAGAAAAGAAAUUGGCGGUAACUAAAAGGUGACGUUCCCCUUUUCUUUUUUGCCAAUCAUUAUUAAUUAUUGCCUGUACAGUGUAAAUUGAAAAAUAUUUGAUAAUUUGAAUUUGUAUAGUCCGAAUACUUCAAAUAUGUUUUGAUACAUCUGAAUAAUUCAGAUCAUAAAAAUUUGAAUUAUCAAGAAUUGUUGGUGUAAAUUAUGGAGACAAUAAUGCUAUACGUUUUGUUUGGGGUU